AUGGCAAAGAUGCAGCUGGUGGUGUUGCCAUUGUUGAUGGUUGCUGCUUUAUUUGAGGGCUCACUGGCAAUGAGCAUAUGUGACAUUAGUGAAGAUGGUCUUUCGGCUUGCAGACCAUCUGUGACAGAACCAAACCCGGUUGACCCACCAUCAAUUGAUUGUUGCAAGGCUGUUUCUGGGGCUAACUUGACAUGCCUGUGCUCUUACAAGAAUUCAUACUUGUUGCCUUAUCUUGGUAUUGAUCCUGAUCUUGCCAUGGGUUUGCCUUCCAAGUGCAACCCCAGCACUCCUGUGCCCAAUUGCUAA